UUUAGUCACACUAGGCAAUUCCGUAAUCUUAUUUAAGGAAAUAAUGAAUCACAUUAAUAAUGCAUUUAUUGUGGUUUAAUAAAAAACUUAUUAUAUAUUUAAAUGGACCAACUUAUUUUUCUAAUGAUUCUAAGAAUCAUUAUAGUGAUGACACGUGGCUACAAAAAAAUGUUGCAAUGCUUCUCAAAUAAUAUAUAGAGGAUAGAUCAUACAGAACGAUCAAUUCAGUACAAGUUUCUAUUUGAUUUUAUCUUAAGCACAUGCCUCAAAACGUCAAACCGGAUUUAAAAUAUGAAAAAAUUCUAAAAAGAAAUUCAACAUGCCCUAUUAUAUCGGCUAAUUUAGUAUGCCUGUACUAUAAAACUUUGAGAUCCACGAGCAUUCAACCUCUUGUUGGAUCCACGUUAAACGGUGAGAAAAGAAAAUGUUUACUUAUCCUUUUUUUUCAUCAAAAAUGUUUAUUUAUUCGAAGUUUAAGUUUAGCGGCAUUGUAAACCUCGGCCGUUUACUUAGUUAUAAUUACAACUAGAUAUAAUUAAGAAAGAAGUAGCCAAAAGAUAUUUUUUCCUAUGAAAUUUAGAAAAUCUUAAACUAGAGAAAAAUAACCCGAACAUAUACAUAUUACACUUUUUUAUUAAAAACACAAGAAUUCCAAAUGCGUGUUUAGGUUGCUUGGAUCCAAAUAAAAAUUGAUCAAAUGAUCAUAAGAUCGUUGCAAGAGAGAGAUAAUUAAAUGAUUAAAAUAUUCCAAAAUGCACGUUUAUCGCCUGUACGUUACCAUGAGUCACCAGUCAAUACAAAUUGGAUAUAUUGGAAGUUUCACGAAUAUGGUGGCAUCGUGAUGAGUUAGAAAAUGAUAAAGUUAGGACUAUGAUUAAUGUUAGGAUUAAUAAAUUCAUUUCUGUAUAAAUUUCUUAACAUUUUUACCAAAAAAAAGAAGAAAUGCAAAAUCAUGUAUAAAAGGGCACCUUCGGUGCCUGCUUUUACAUCAUCACUCAACUCUUCAUCAGCUCUCUUUCUCUCUCUCUCUCUCUCUCUCUCUCUCUCUCUACUCCAGCAGAAGAGACACUACGCAGUACACUAUGGUCCUAAAGGUGGAAGCUAAAGGUGGAAAUGGAGGGAAAGAAUGGGAUGAUGGAUUCGAUUAUGAGGGUGUAACAAAGAUACAUGUACGAGGUGGUCGUGAAGGCAUUCAGUUCAUUAUGUUUGAGUAUGUCAAAGCUGGAAAAGCAACCGUUGGACCAAUCCAUGGUGUCUCUGAUCGUCGUGGUUUGACACAAACGCUCGAGAUAAAGCAUAUGGAGAACGAACAUUUGGUAUCUGUUGAGGGUUACUACAACGAGUCUACCGGUGUGAUACAAUCGCUUCAGUUUGAAACUAACAUGAAGACUUCUGAUCUCAUUGGGUACGACGAGGGUACUAAGUUUUCACUAAGAGCCAGGGGAAAGAAAAUCAUUGGGUUUCAUGGAUUUGCUGAGAAGAAUCUCAACUCUCUUGGAGCAUAUUUCAUCAGGAUGCCACCAACCAAAUCAGCAAUGCAAGGUGGUCAAACUACAGGUGUAGGUUAUGACGAUGGUGGUGACUACGAUGGUGUAAAAAAAGUUGUUGUUACAACGGAUGGCACUGCGAUCAGGCAUAUCAAGUUCCACUACGACAAAGCUGGCAAUGAGGAAAUUCGUGAGCGAGGGGUGACGACCGGAACACAACAUGAGUUUACGAUCAAUCAUCCAUAUGAAUAUAUCACAUCUGUGGAAGGAAGCUACGCUGUUACACAACCUUACAACUGUAUUGUCCUUACGUCAUUGACUUUCAAAACAUCAAAAGGGAGAACCUCUUCAACGAUUGGUCCAGUGACUGGUACCAAGUUCGUGCUGGAGAGCAAAGGUAAUGCUAUUGUUGGAUUCCAUGGACGGGUGGGUUCUUGUGUUGAUAGCAUUGGUGCAUAUUACUCUCAAGUUUUCCCUUCUCAAGAAACAGCGUUGAAGGUGGAACCUAAAGGCGGAAAAGGAGGAGUUCAAUGGGAUGAUGGAUCAGAUUACGAGGGUGUAACAAAGAUACAUGUACGAGGUGGUCUUGAAGGCAUUCAGUUCAUCAAGUUUGAGUAUAAGAAGGCUGGUCAAACUAUUGUUGGACCAGUCCAUGGUGUAUCUGGUCGUGGGAUGACUCAAACGUUUGACAUUAUCCAUUUGGAGAAUGAAUAUUUGAGAUCUGUUGAGGGUUAUUACGAUGAAUCAACAGGUGUGAUUCAGUCGCUUAGAUUCAUCACAAACCAGAAGACUUCUGAUCUCAUGGGGUUUAACGAGGGUACUAAGUUUUCACUAGCAGCCAACGGGAAGAAAAUCAUUGGAUUUCAUGGGUUUGCUGAGAAAAAUCUCAACUCUCUUGGAGCAUAUUUCAUCAGGAUUCCAUCAACCAAAUCAGCAAUGGAAGGUGGUCAAACUACAGGCAGAAGUUAUGACGAUGGCGGUGACUGUGAUGGUUUAAGAAAAGUAUAUGUUACAUUCGAUGGUACUGCAAUUAGGCAUAUCAAGUUCGACUAUGACAUAGCUGGUCAAGUGGAGAUGCGUCAGCGAGGGGUUAAGGAAGGAACCGAAUAUGAGUUUGAGGUUGAUCAUCCACGUGAAUAUAUCACAUCUGUGGAGGGAAGCUACGCUGUUACUCAACCUUAUGGAUGUAUUGUCCUUAGGUCGUUAAUUUUCAAAACAUCAAAAGGGAGAACCUCUUCCAACAUUGGAACGGUGACUGGUACCAAGUUCGUGCAUGAGAGCAAAGGAAAUGUUAUUGUUGGGUUCCAUGGACGAGUAGGUUCUUGUAUUGACAGUAUUGGGGUGUAUUACUCUCCUUUCUCUCCUCCUUCUCCUCCUUCAGAGAAACUCCAAGGACAUGGUGGUGAUGGAGGAGAUUUUUGGGACGAUGGCGUUUUCAAAAAUGUGAAGAAGAUAUACGUAGGACAAGGAGAUGUUGGUAUUGCCUCUCUCAUGUUUGAGUACGAGAAUGAAACUAGUGAGAUGAUUGUGGGCAAAGAACAUGGAAAGAAAACGUUGCUUGGUUACGAGGAGUUUGAGCUGGAUUAUCCGAGUGAGUACAUUACAUCUAUAGAAGGUUGUCACGAUAACGUAGUUGGAGCUGAAAGUGGAGUUAUAACAAUGCUUAGGUUCAAGACUAACAAACGCACCUCUCCACCAUUCGGACUCGAAUCUGCUUCCAGCUUCGCCAUCCAGAAGGAAGGUUACAAGAUCGUCGGAUUCCACGGAAAAUCCAGUGCCCUGAUUAAUCAGAUUGGGGUCCAUGUGGUUCCCAUCACCGAAUAAGCAACCAUUUGAAGCUAUCGAAGGAAUCGUCGUCUGGUACCUGUCUUGCACCGUUAUUUAUGUUGCAAUAUGAUUUGCUAUGUAUCAUGUUGUUGUCUGACUUGUUUUACAUUUAUGCAAUCGCAUGUAAUAAGACAAUAUUUCUGUUUCUUAUGUCUACCUUUCUUGAAAGUUGACUUCAGCUCAUAUUUAGCAGACCCAUCCUUCGAGUUCAACUCUUCACUGAUGAAAACAGUCAUGUUAUUGGCGCUCAAUUUAGUAGUAGCUUUAACUGCAAAGCAAACAGUUAAGAUAAAAAAAUCCGCAAGGAAAGUUUAUGCUAGCAUCUCUAUGAAAAUGGUUAUUGCCAGUUUUUUCUUUUCACCAGCUUUGUAAAGCAAGAUCGUCCGUAAUCAUCAACCUGACAUCAACAAAUCAGUAUGAGGUCAUGUUGACAGUCAUUAUUGCAACUUGCAGGUACGAUUUGAUAAAUUUGUGAUGGUGUUUGAUGGUAUUUUUACAUUUUCUGAAUGGUUAGUGAAAUGCUUUCUUAUAAAUAAUUUAUUAUCACAAGUAAAAAGAUGUAGAGCUAGGGGUGGGCAAAAAAAAAAAGGAACCGAACAAACGGAUUCCAAACCGAUCCAAAUCGAACCAAAUUAUAUGUCUAAACCAUUUGGUUCAAGAUUUUAUCAACUCAAAUGGUUCGGUUUGGUUUAGUUUUAAACUGAACCAAACCAAAGAACCGAUGUUUUUAAUUAGAUUAAUUACAUAUACUAAUUACAUAUACUAAUAUUAUUAAGAUUAAGAUUUAAUAUAUUUAACCUUUUAGACUACACAACUAAACAUUUUAUACAUUUUACUUCUUGAUUAAUAGAAUAAACACAACUAAAAUUAAUUAAAAGAAUAUGAAUCUCAUAUAUUAACAUCAAAACGGGAAAGUUAUUUAUGAUAUUUAUAUUACGUUUGAAGAUAAUAAUAAAAAUAUUUAUUGGAUUAGAUUUUCUGCAUAUUUAUUGUGAUGUUUGUUUUAUGUUUAAAUAUUUAAAAAUAAUGAUUUAGUGUUAAAUGAUGAUUUUUAAUGUUUUAUAAAUUAUAUUUUUGUAAUUGAACUAUAAAAAAAUUAAAAAUCAACUCAAUUGAACUGAAAAAUACAAACAAAACAAAAUUAAACCGAACCAGACACAAACGAAGCAAACUAAAACCGAACCGAACCGAACAAAACCCGAACCAAAUCGAACAUAAACCAAAACAAACUAAUUUGGGUUGACUUUGGUUAAAGUUUUCUUAGACACAAAUAACCUAAACCGAACUCGUAGUUAAAGCCGAAAUGCCCACUCAUAUGUAUAACCACUAAGAGCAUUUCCAAAAAGACUCUCUAUUUUAUAGUUUGCAAAACUCUAUAUUUAAAAUUUCGAAGUGUUCUACUCCAAAAGAAAAACUUCAAAUUAAUUUCCAAAACUACUUGUAAUUUACAUUAUGGUCUUUAUAUUUGUCAUAAUUAAUAUAAAUUCAUAAAAACUUUAUAAAUAACUAGAACAUAUAUUAAAAUAUUACAGUAAUAUCAACUAAUAAACUCUUACACUAAAAUAUAAAAUUAUAAAUAGAAAUACAUUAUUAAAUAUUAAAGUAAAAUAAAAAUAUCACAUUAUUCCAUAAAAUUACUUCCCUAAUGCUCCAUUUUCGGUUACAUAAAAUUUGUUUGGACAAUAUUUUAGAGGUUCCGAAGCAAAUUUACUAAACUAUUAGUGUUGUUGUAAUAUUUAAAUUUUUUGCAAUAAUUAUAUCUUCAUGUAUCGUUUUAAUAGUUUUUAUUAAGUUUCUUUUGUAAUAUUCUUGUUGUUUAGUUCUCGUUUUAAAAUAUUACAAAUCUUAUUUUAAAAUUUUAUU